AUGAUGAAGUACUUUGCCCUCAUUUCCGCUCUCGCAGCCACUGCUUACGGUGUUGCCUACCACUGCGAAACGUCUUGCAAUGACAACGACAACAGCAUUCUGGCCGACUGCAGCACGGCGCAACUCGACAUCCCCACGACCGACAGCGCCUCGGGCACCGACAACACGAACUGGAUCUCAGACACUUGCCGCAUCGACUUCUUCCCCAACGGAGAGUCAGUGGACUACUCGGUCCUCUCAGAGUACGCCGAGAACCUGCUCAACAAGUGCUGCGGUGAAGGCACCGAUGGCGAAGCUGCAUGUGCAGGCAUUGCACAGGACGACGGGGACCCUAUGACCCUCGGUGGUGGGUGCAUCUGUGUGCACAACAAGAGCGUGGCGCCUUGUGACUGCGCGGCUGCCGAAACGGAUAACUUCAUCAACUGCACGUGA